GAAAAUAAAGAGCCUAACAAUGAUGAGUGGUGGUGAAGCGUUGGAGCUGCUGGAACUCUCAUAUGCUGCUGGUGAAAUGUAAAGUGGAAAACUUUUGAAGUUAACCUGAAUGUGUGCAAGCCCUAAAACUCAGCGAUCUGACUCUUAGGUGUACUUCACAGAAGUGCUUCCUGUGUGCACCAGGAUGGCAGCCUUAUGCGUAAUAACCCCAAGGCAGAAACGACCUAAAUGAAUACAUUGUGGUAUAUACAUACAGUGGACUGCUGUACAGUGAAAAUUACAGGAAUGACAAUCAACUUCUCAUAACAACAUGGAUGAAUUUCAUAGAACAGUGAUAAGUGAAAGAAGCCAGACUCAAAGGAUAGAUAUUGUAUGAUUCCACUUAUGUAAGGUUCAAAACCAGAUAAAACUGUGGUGGUAGAAAUCUGGACAGAGGCGGCCUGGCGGCCUCUGGGGAAGAGAGUGUAUACAGUGAUGGAGAGAAGGAAUGAAGGGGUUUCUGAGGUUCUGGUAAUGUUUUACUUUUUUCAUUUGAGCAGUAGUUGUAAUUUGUGGUAAUUCAUUUAGCCGUACCUUUAUGAAUGAUGUGCUUUUCUCUAUAUAUAGUGUUAUACUUCCAUUUAAAAAGUUUAUUUUUAAAGAUUCCUAGUAUAAAGACCUGAAAAACAUCUCCAGUGAGUCCUCUUGAAGAGGAUGCUGUGUCCUUGACAACAGAUUUAGUACAACGCAGGCUGUUUGCAGCAGCGCCCCUCCCCCGUGUGGACUGAAGGCAGGACGCCAGAGAGAGUCUGUAAAAGCCUUUCUGUGAGGGAUUACCUGGUUGUUUCCAGAACUUUGCUCUCUGCUGAUCUGGCUCAAUCCAAGGGUAAACAGUAGAGAAAAAUGGAUGGGCUGCACAUCCUGCAGGCAGUCCUGAAAACAUGAUUUUUCUCAACUGAGCUUUUGCUGAGUAUUGGAUGGGAGAGAAAUUGAGAUUAUUGACAGGAACUUGGAGGACAGAUGCAUUCUGCGGCCAAGUAAGAACCGAUCUAAAUGUUUUAACCCUUAAGUGAGUUGGAAGAAGGAUUGUUGUCCACGUGUGAAUUCCAGCAGGUCGCUGAGAGUAGAGGCCCAUCUCCCUGUGUCAGGAAGGUGGAGGCAAGGCGACAUAGGUAGUACUGUAUUUCAUUAACUCUCAGAUUGAUAUUUUCCACCCACAUUGUAACAUUUUAAAAAUCAGAAUGCGUUUUACAGUUGGUGUGUCAUAAUUGAGUUGGCAGUGUUUUUUCUUUCAAAAAUAUAAUGCAUCUUAUAAUUGAUGGCAUCUUAGAUUCAAUUAAAUAUGUCACCACCUUCAGUAUUGUUCCUCUCUUCAAGCCUCGAUAUCUCCAACUGCUUGGAGGUGACAGUUCAAAUAUAUUUUAAGUCUGCGUUUUGCUUGGGACCUUAGGAAUCAUUUACUUCCGUAUCCGCCCGUCCCCCCACACCCCCCUUCAUCACAUUUGUUUCCUAGGAGCUGGCCUUGAAGACAUAUUUGGAUGAAUGUAUCAAUUGAUUUGCAGUUGUUAUAAAUUGCUUAUGUUGACAGUAACCAGAUUCCUACAAACCAUCCAUCCCUCCCCGGUAUUGUUUACACUAUAAAUUUCCUCUGCACACUCCUCCUUUCCAGGUGAUGUUGAGGCAGAUAUCAGCAUAACCCAUCUAAAAUCAGAGUCUAAAUGAUGAAGUUUUCUUGUAUUUAAUUAUGUCAGCUCUACAACUCCUGGAGCUCUAGCACUGAGGCUCCAGGAAGAGUCUACAGGCUGCAAUACGAAAUAGUAAAAUAAAACUUUGUCCAAAAAAGGCUUGAUGGAAACCAAAAUGCACAAAGUUUGGAGAAUAAUCCUUUGUUUUCUUUCUUUUCAAACUAUUCUUAAAAUCCAUGAAAUCCGUGAACCCUUUUUUGUUCGUUUGUUAUGAAAGCUGGAGUUGGGAUCUAAAAAUAAUUUAUGAUGAGAAUAAUUGGGCAAAACCUUGAAUGACAAAGGUUGACUGUUGCUGUUCUUAUUUUUAAUAAAAUGCCCUCAAGGGACUAGGGAGGGCCUGGCAGUCCUCCUCCACCUACUGCCCUUUUAGAGACUCUACAUCUUCUCUCCCUUUCCAGUGCCUUGACACCGUGGCAGACCCGGCCUAACAAAACCCAUAUCUCACCACCACUUCACUGUAAGAAGCAAAUCACAUCCCUUAAUUCACAUUAAGAUGCCAGUAGCUGAUAGUGGUUUGAUGUAUUAUCCUUCCUGAAUGUAUUUGUAUUAAAAAAGUGUACAAUUGGGCUUCCUAGGUGGCACAGUGGUUAAGAAUCUGCCUGCCAAUGCAGGGGACAUAGGUUCAAUCCCUGCUCCAGGAGAUCCCACAUGCCACAGAGCAACUAAGCCCAUGUGCCCAAAAAAAAAAAAAGAUUUAAUAAAAUCCAGCGUUUAAAAAAAAAAGUAUACAAUUGAUUCAUGUCCAUGGUUGAAAAAUGGAAAAUCCAGAUAAGCAAAAAAAGAAAAUAAUAAUUACCCCCAGUAACAUCAGAAGGAACCACUAUUACAAAUUUGGUUUCCAUUUCUCAAGCUCUUGCCUGUGCUUGUGUUAACAUUUGGGGGAGGCUUUUACCAUUUGAAGGACUUUAACCUCCCCCCUUCCUUCCUCUCUCUCUCUCUUGCCCCAGAUUUAUCAUCCAAGAAGUAGCGGUUCUACAUGUACACACAAAACCGGCUGGAUAGUAUUACGGCACAGGCCCCCAUUCUUGAGAAAUUCACGCACCUACAGAGGUCGAUAGGUAGCAGUUAUCUUUUAUUUUUGGAAACUCUAGAUGUUUAUGUCCACACAGAUCAAGUUGACAUCUUAAAAUAUUGGAUGGGCCACCUCCCAACUCUCCAAGGGAGGGAUCAAGUGUGCUGAGCGUGCUGCAGUGUUAUGUUUUAGGUGUUUAAUUCCUUCCCCUCGAGAAGCCUUCCCUCAGUCCCCUCGGAGUCAGAAGGGGAGGACUCUGAAUUCUUGUAGCCCUUGUCUGCGUCACUUAAGUGGCCCUGUAUUGUUUUGUUAUUUUUGACAUCCAUCUUCCCAAUUGCACAGGAGCCCCUCAAGGCCACGCUUAGAAUCCUAGAAUGAUGUAUUAUUUAAAGGGGCCUUGGACGGGUCCAGUUCAUAUGCAAAGAGACUGAGGUUCAGAGGGGUUAGAGAAUCUGCCCAAGGCCACAGAGCUUUUCAGUGAGCUAGAACCUAAAAGUACUCUUUCUAGUCCAACAGUGUUAGACAUGUUCCCAGAUAUGAAAAUUAUCCAAGUUUGUGGAUUUUUUAAUGAUUAAAAAAAAGAUUUUAACCUCAGCACAUUUCUGAUCUUCUAGGUCUAUUCAUUAUAACUUGAGUAGCCUCUCAAUUUCGUUGUUUUGAUUUUGUGUUUUGUAUUGUCCUGUAGGUAUUUUUCACUGGUUGGACCAAGUGGUCAGGCGGCAACAUUUUAGUUAAAAAAUAAAUAUUCUGUCUUGGCCUCUCAUUUCUGAUUCACUGUAUUGUGCUGAAAGUAACUGUGAACAGGUUUUUGGCAUUUCUUUGUUACGUUUUGGGAGCCGGACUGAUUUUGGUCCUGGGCGCAGGGGUUGGGGAUGUUGGAGGUGGAAGAGAUGGGAUCUAAUCACUAAGAACUGGAAGCAGGAAAUGGAUCUCACUGAUGUGCCCCUGAGCACCCACAGUUUGAACUAUCUCCAUAAAGUCAGUGCCUGUCCAGAGAUGGGACCACAAAUAUUCAUGCUUCCUGCAACAGUGACAUCUGGUGGCCCUGGGGUAAUAGGAUAGCAAUUGAGUGGCUGAUGUGUGGAUUUCAAUGAAAUGACCUUAUUCUAUACAGUAAAGCAGUUGCCUAUCACUGUAGGAGCCACUGCCCUUUCCCAGGGAGCCCCGUUUCCUCCCAUGACAUGCCCUGCAAUCACCCUACACCUAAGAAGCACCUGCAGCAGCACCCCUGCUUCCUGGAGGCACUCUGCUCCCAGCCCCCUGGGUGGGAAGAAGUGGACUUGCCCCAUCUGGCACAUCAGCCGCCAGUGGCCACGUUAGGCCAGGCCUGGCCUGGAUUCUGGUGCUCAAGGGCCAGAGAUUUACUGCCUGCCUGGGCAGCAGGUGGCUGGGGUAUUUUUAGUGUCUGGAGCCUUUAGGAGAAGGGUUGGGUAGGGGUGGGAGGCAGUGGUGAGGUCUGGGGGAGUUGGCCCUUCCAAGGUUCAAGUUCAAAGCCUCCCAGUUGUGGUAUCUGUUUCCUAACCUCCUGUGGGCUUUCAGGUUCUUGUGAUCCCUUGCACUCCAUGGACAGGGGUUAUCACCUUCCUUCUACAGAAGAAGAACCGGGCCCAGAAAGGUGAGUAUCUGUCCCAUGCCGCAGGGAGCACGUGGGACAGAACUCGGAGCCCAGCUGCGCCAGGUUUGCCGCUAAGUGGUGCUGAGUUAGAACCCACUUCCCCUGCUCACAUGCUGUGGGGUUUGGGGCAGGAUGCUUAACUCCUCUGUGUCCUUAUCCAGAAACAGAACUGUGGUACUUGGCACACACAGUUGUGAGGAUGAGCGCGUGUUGAACCCUCCAUCCGCUGUUUUUAUCCAAAUAAAAGCUUACACGUUUAUUUCGCUUUGACUGGGUCUGUUGUCCACGUUCCGAACAUAUGACAUCGCCGCUGCCUCUGUGUAAGAGACAGUCUCAGAAGCAACAAUGAAACGUGCCAGGCGCUCAGGCCCGGAGCAGAACAACCAGCCGAAACCUGGGGCUCUGAGCAGGCACGUCAGAGAGCAUGAGAAGCCUUUGCGCUGGGUAGCUUCGUCCGGCUGACCAUCUGACGCUUUCACGCUGCUGCUGCUGGGUGGCAUCAGGGCUUUUGUGAUCCCUUGUCCUCGGCAUCUUUUUGUAUCCUUUCUAAGGAAACAUUCUGCUUGUGCUUCCGGGAAGAUGGGUUUUCAUCAGCACCAGGAGAGACCUGAAGAAACCGGGAGAAUGAGUGACUGAGCCUCCUGCAGUGAGGGAGCUGGAAACACCUACGUUUGCUGCCCAGCUCCGAGGCCCAAAGCACCCUCAGCCUCCAGAGAGGAGGUGGUAGCUGGAGGUCCUCUCCCCAGACCACUGUUGUAGGAAAAAGCUUCCAGGUGCCACGGAGACUGGGGAAUAGAGGAAACAUCCCAACCCUGGAGGAUUUUGAUGUGAUGAUUACGAUGAUCGUGAUAUUGGAAGUUUCCUGACACGAAGGGGGAAAAGAAACACUGGCCAGAGACCGCCUCCUGAAAAGAUACAGGAAGGAUAAGGUGGAGGCCAAGACAGACGUGUGUGACGUGAUGAGCUCCAGCCGCGCCUCAAAGCAGGAACUGAUGACAGGGAGGUUUUGCUAUUUUUCUCCCAAGGUUGUUUUAAUAUGCAAAGUAGGUCCUCAGAGGCAGCUGCUAUUCAAUCAGCCACAUUUCCUGAACUGGAUAGUGUAUUUUUAGUUGGCAGGGAAAAAACCACUUGAUUAGGAAGGAGUGUGGAAGGUCACAUCUCAGUUAGAAACUCAAAUCAGCACUUGAGACUUUUCUGCGUUUCCCAGAGGAGUUACUGUCACUCUGGGCAAGAAGCAGCAAAGUAUUUACUUCAAUUCUCUUCUUUUUAUUAAAAAUCAUUACAUAAGUUAUGGUGAAUGUAUUUUUCUGUAUGAGAGUCAAACGAUAUAAAAGUCUAUAGGGUGAAAUUCCUAAGUUCACCCUCCAAAUCACUACUCCCCUCCUCAGAGAUGGUCAGGAUCCACAGUUUGAUAUACAUUUUUACAGUUAUCUUUCUAUAAUGUACUCAUAUUUUGUAGCACAUAUAUAUUUUAUUAUUUAUUUCUGGUUGGGUAUUUUUUUAACAUAACUGUGAGGUCUGUAAGUUAUUUCAUUUAACAAUGUUUCUGUGAUUUCUCCAUGUGAGUACAUAUUAAGUCUACCUAGUUAUCUUUUAUUAUUUUUAAAAAUAACAUGAAAUACUGAGAAGGCCAUAAGACGUAUAAUACUAAAAUACAGGUGAAAUUAUGUGAUUCUAGAGAUUAGCAGAGUCUGCAGGAGAUCUUUCUAGAACAGGGAGUGCUGCAGCUUCCCCAGUCCAAGCUUACCUGGCUGCACAGGUGUCCAUAAGAUGGGAGAUCAGUGGCUGCUCUGGAGGGAAGGCAGAGCAUUUCCCCCCAGAAAUGUGUGUCUACACAAUAUAGGGCUGCUCAUAUACUUUUGGCUCCUAGCACACAUUGCCCACGUAGUGUUCUUGAGCUUGGUACAUACCUACACUUGGGAAAGAUGUGGAGGCUGGGGGAGGGGAGGAGGAGGGGAGAAAUCUGGAGUGUAGAGAAGCCUGGAUUCCCAUCGACACCCUUUUCUUCCCCUAGAGUGAUGCUGACCCACAGGCACUGGAUUACGUUGAUGCUCCCAUCUCAGGAAUGACAAGUCUACCUACCAUUGCGUGGGCUUAUUCGCACGAACCCUCUAUCCAAAAAAGGAAAAAAAGAAAAGAACAAAGGAGGAUGUGGGUUUUUUUUAAACCCUCAAACGCUGAAAAUUCUUCUUCUCUUUAACUGCUUUCCCCCGUCAUAUCAGCUAAACCACAUUUCACACAUCACCUGCAGGUAAUUGUGGCCAAUGGAAUGUAAGAGGGAGAGAUUCACGCUACGUCUAGGCUCAGCUCACAGAAAUCUCGCAUGGUGAUCCUCCUUGUUCUUUCAACUUCUGCAGUUUCCCCGGAAGCUGCUUGUGAACGAUGGCAGAACCACCAUCUUUAGGAAAUGGAAGGAAACUUGGUCCCGAAAUACAGCGUGGAGGAGAGCUUUAUGCCUAUUAGGGACACUCCUUUUGGACUUGACCAGAGAUGUCGGCUUGUUUAUAGGAAUUCCUUGAAGCCAGAGUCAUGGUGGAUGUAGGCAAGUGGCCAAUCUUCACUCUGCUCUCACCUCAAGAAAUUGCAUCUAUUCGGAAAGCUUGUGUCUUCGGCACCUCAGCCAACGAAGCACUGUACGUUACUGACGACGAUGAGGUCUUUGUAUUUGGACUGAACUACAGUAACUGUCUAGGAACUGGAGAUAACCAGAGUACACUUGUACCCAAAAAGCUGGAAGCCUUAUGUGGAAAGAAGAUUAAGAGCCUUAGUUAUGGGAGUGGACCACAUGUUCUUCUCAGCACUGAAGACGGAGUUGUGUAUGCCUGGGGCCACAAUGGAUAUAGCCAGCUCGGGAACGGGACGACCAACCAAGGCAUUGCUCCCAUCCAAGUCUGCACCAACCUCUUGAUCAAGCAAGUAGUCGAAGUAGCUUGUGGCUCACAUCAUUCAAUGGCUCUGGCAGCUGAUGGAGAGGUAUUUGCUUGGGGCUAUAACAACUGUGGCCAGGUGGGGUCAGGAUCUACAGCAAAUCAGCCAACUCCUCGGAAAGUUACAAACUGUUUGCAUAUUAAGAGGGUGGUUGGCAUUGCCUGCGGUCAGACCUCGUCCAUGGCUGUUCUGGACAAUGGUGAGGUCUAUGGCUGGGGUUACAAUGGCAAUGGUCAGCUAGGCUUGGGAAACAAUGGCAAUCAGCUGACCCCCGUGAGAGUGGCAGCUUUGCACAGCGUGUGUGUGAACCAGAUUGUCUGCGGCUACGCACAUACUCUAGCACUAACCGACGAGGGCUUGCUCUAUGCCUGGGGAGCUAACACGUAUGGGCAGCUGGGAACUGGCAAUAAAAAUAACCUGCUAAGCCCAGCACACGUCAUGGUGGAGAAGGAAAGGGUGAUAGAGAUUGCAGCCUGCCACUCUGCGCACACGUCUGCUGCCAAGACGCAGGGAGGGCACGUGUACAUGUGGGGCCAGUGCCGGGGCCAGUCGGUGACCCUGCCCCACCUCACCCACUUCUCUUCCACCGACGACGUGUUCGCCUGCUUUGCCACACCUGCCGUCACGUGGCGCCUCCUGUCUGUAGAGCAUGAAGACUUUUUAACAGUUGCAGAGUCACUGAAGAAAGAAUUUGACAGUCCAGAAACUGCUGAUCUGAAGUUUCGAAUUGAUGGGAAAUAUAUCCAUGUCCAUAAAGCUGUUUUGAAAAUCAGGUGUGAGCACUUUCGAUCCAUGUUCCAGUCUUAUUGGAAUGAGGACAUGAAGGAGGUGAUAGAAAUAGACCAGUUUUCCUACCCAGUGUACCGUGCCUUUCUCCAGUACCUCUACACAGAUACAGUGGAUCUGCCGCCUGAAGAUGCUAUAGGUCUUUUGGAUUUGGCGACGUCUUACUGUGAAAACAGACUGAAGAAACUUUGUCAGCACAUUAUCAAGCGAGGAAUCACUGUGGAGAACGCCUUUUCGUUGUUCUCUGCUGCUGUCCGAUAUGAUGCAGAGGAUUUAGAAGAAUUCUGCUUUAAGUUUUGCGUCAAUCAUUUGACAGAAGUUACGCAGACUGCAGCAUUUUGGCAAAUGGAUGGCCCUCUGCUAAAGGAAUUCAUUGCUAAAGCCAGUAAAUGUGGAGCCUUUAAGAACUGAAGCCCAAGACUGCUGGGUUUUGUGUGAGUGCUCUGGGGCUGGUGAUGGUGUGUCGUUUGUGCUCUAUGGGUGAUGUAUUUCUGCGGGUAAAAAAAAUCCUAUCAGGUUGUUUUGCUCACGUGGAGAUAUAGUUCUCUGUGUAGGGGUACGUGAAGGGUGUACGGCCUUUCUUGAACCUAUUUUAAACAAUCCUUAUUUUCAGAUAUGUAUAUUUUAAAUGUGACCGUAAACAUUUGGCUGGGACAUUGUAAAAGGGUGAACGUUUAGCUGGUGGUUUACUUGUUUUUUGUUUUGUGUGUGUUUGAUUAGAGGACCUUCUGAAGUUGGAAAGGGGAACUUUGUGGCACCUCUCCUGGCCUGCAUAUCAACAACCCCUUUGACGCCAGGAGUUGGGAUAGGGUUCGAAUUGUGAGAGACAGGAAUGAAAGAUGCUGACUUGGGGGCUUGUUGAAGGGCUGCAUUAGUUGCUAGUUCAGUAGCCGCACUGUGAAGGAAUAGUUAAGAUCGUUUGAGGCUUUUGUUUGUGUAUUUGCAUUGUUGGUGACUUUUUUAACUUCAAAAUAAUAUUUUACUUAAUAUAAACCUAUUGAAAUGAUAAUUAUGUGAAGAUAAAUUUUUAGGUUAGGGUUUCUCUCAAGACUUAAGUACAUGAAGAGUAGUAAGGUAGAACUAUCUGUGAAAAGUUGAUAAUGAAAAACUUCAUUUGAGUGAAGGUGAAUAUUUUAUAAAUCAGAGUCUCCACUACUAACUGUUUUAUUAAGAUUAGAUUUGAGAACCCCAAAUCCAGUCCCGUCACCUUUUCUCCUAUAAAUGCUAAUCAUAUACGAGGAAAAUAGUGAUAUAUUCAAUAUACUUUUGCCUUCCUAAAUUGUGGUUGCUGAAUCAUCAGAUCUGCUACGUCUGACUCAAGUAAGUGGUUCUUAAAACCAAGUUUCUUAUAAGACUUAAUAGAAUUUGUUUUUAUUGAUUUUUGUUGAUGCCAAAUACCAUCACACAUUUUGUUUAUUUGAAAUUUCACCAGCUUUCACAUUUGAUUUUCCUUUCAAUUGUGUUAGGUAUAGUAUUUAGCACAAUUUAACUUUGAAGAAGGAUCUAAAUUAUGGGGGACAGGGUUGGUCUGCUUAUGAAAUGUGACUUUGUGAGGUAAGACUGUUCAACCCUGAGUUUUUAUCUUGUGUGUCCGUUGAGGUUGCGUCAAGAAAAAGCCUUGUUCUGCUCUCUGGCCCACGGACACAUUUCCAUUUGUGGGAGCUCCUUUAGUGAACUGUUUCCUAUUUGAAAGGUUCCCCCAUCUGAAUUUAGAAACUGAAUCCAUUCUCAGACCCUAGAUUAACAAGAGGGUGAAGAGAUGCUGCAGCUACUGUUUUUAGCAAUGUUUCUAAGUGUUUGUUUGUCAGUGAGGGCCCAAAGAUGGAAAUUCAUCGAUAGGUGAAAUAAAAACAAACCCAGAAGUCCCAGCACCCUUUCUUCACCAUAUUGCAAGCGAUCGAAGCCCAAUGAAUUAUUAGGUUAGAAUUAGUUCUGCAACAUGAUAGAAUUUUCUUACUAGGUUGGUAAAUUACGUUAAUUUGAUUAUUAGCUAUGAUGGGUAGUGUUUGUAGUAAUCACUGUCUAUAGGCUCGUGAUCUGGACAAAACAAGAAUUUCAGUAUGUUUACUGUUGCUCUUACUUGAAAAAAAACUUUAAAAAAGCACAAAUUAACAUAAUAGGUCCAUUUCCAUAGAUAGGUCAUUCACUCAACAAAUAUUUACUGAGUUCCUAAUAGGUGAAGAACCACUUCUCAGAUGACUGAGUAAUUUGUAUGAGUAUGUGUUCAGUGAAGAGAACAGGAAAAGGUCCUUUAGAAAGUACUUGAGUGUCUGUGUUGUUUUUUUGUUUUUUUUUUUAAAUAUGCUCUCAUUUUUCUACUUGGUUUGGUUGUUAAUCAUAACAGGAGAUGAAAACUAUUCUUUGAAUUGUUCUUUUCAUCUGACAUAAUAAUGAAAGCCAAAGUAUUCAUAUUUCUUAAAAUAGCCCUAAAAUGUACUCUUGAACUUCUUACUGGAACCAGGUUUGAUACUCUAGUUAUAUAGGUUGUAUUUAUGUAAUGUUUAGAGUGACAUAUUAAUAAAUAAAGCAAUCUGUUAAAAUAGGCAUGUAGAGUUAUUUUUUCC